UAAGCUAAUAAGCCGCGAAAACAUGGACCUCCCAAUCGAAUUCUUUUGGGUUUCCAGUUCAGUUUACAACUGAAAGCCCUGCCGUCAGAAUGGGGCUACUUCGGACCUACCAUCUCAGUUUUGUGUUCUUAGGCCUUUUGGCUUUUGACUUAGUGCAGGAUGUGGGGACAUCCGAGGUGCAAGAACUCUCUUCCAAUACCACCCAAGCGGUGGCUAAGAUCCUGAGUCGGCAAAAGCGUUACCUAGCAUUUCCUGAGGGAUCCUCCGUUUCGGGCGCCAUUUGCAUGACCAUUGGCAUGAUCGGCAACCCUGAUGUGGACUACCUCAGUUGGGCGGUCAAUUGGGGCGUGGCCUAUGAUCUGCCCAAUGAGAAGUGGGUCAUCCAGCACGCUCAUGGACUGAAUGCUACUCUGGCAAAGGACACAAUCAAAAGGCGAUCCAGGCGAGCAUUUUACGACGAGGUGCAGUCUAUCUUCGAUAAUAUGGGCUUUAAUGGUCGGUCAUGUGUGGCCCGAGCUCUCUGUGAAAGUGCCAGGUUUAUGCUGCCGAGCCACCACAAGGGUAACAUGUUGCAAGAAUUGGUCAGGACUGUCUUUAGCAUGCCACCUUCCAAGGUGGCGGCCCAAGAGCCUCAAGCUCACCAUCAAUAUGAUAAAAUCUAUCGCCGCUCCAAAAGGAAUUCACGAGAAUGCCAUGAAAUUUAUCCGGGCUGUCAGUUUUCUUUAUUGGCACUUGCUCUUGGAAAAUAUAUGUCGGCUACUACCACUAAAUUUAGCGCAAUAAACUACAUGUAAAAACAAUUAAUAAAAUGUAAGACUACUGAAACAUAAAGUAAUCUUUUAUUUAAUAGAGUACUUUCCCGACCCAGAACAAAAC